AUGGCGAGCCAAAUCGCGAGCAAGAAUCUCUACGACCUCCUGGGCAACGACCCCGAGCUCGACCCUGACCGCGAGCCCGAGCCGCCCACCAAGGCCAUCGACAAGCCUGUCCAGAGGUCUGGCAAGCGCAACGAUGCUGCCGAUGCUCCACGACCUGCUGCGGGAGGACGUGCUGGUGCGCAGGAUGUGCAGAGGCGCGCCGACCUAGCCGGCGACCGCCCUAACAACAACCGUGCCGAGCGUCGUGAUGAUGGCAUGCGCCAGGAUCGUCACUCCGACCGCCUUAGGGAGCCUAGGGAGCACCGUGGAGGCGACAUUGACGGACGUGGCCGUGGACGCGGAGGACGCGGUGGGCGAGGCGGCCGUGGCCGAGGCGAGUACCGCGGCACUAGGACUGCCCGCGACGAUCGCCAGAACCACUCCGGCAUUGGCGAGCACGACAAGCAGGCUGCGCACGGAUGGGGCGCCGAGACUGGUGCUGGCGAGUGGGCUGAUGAGAAGGCCGGCGAAGCCAUCGCCCAGGCCGAGGGCAAGGACGAGCCAGGCUUCACUCCGAACACCGACGCUCGCGAUCCCGCGUUCAGCAACGGCCCUGACGCCACUACCGGUGAGGCUAACGCUGCUCCCGCCGAGGAGGAAGACAAGACCAAGUCCUACGAGCAAUACCUUGCUGAGCUCGCCGAGAAGCGUCUAGCUCUCGGCUCCGGCAACCAGGAAGUCCGCAAAGCCAACGAGGGCUCUAAACAGAAGUUCCCAGAAGGCACAGCCUUUUCCCGCAAUCCAGAAGAAGAGAACUUCUUCUCUGGCUCUGGCGGCAAGGCCAAGAAGACCAAGGAGCGCACUGAGAAGGAGACUGUCCAGCUUGAUGGCCAGUACUACGCUCCCGUCGAGCAGGAGGGCGGACGUGGCGGACGUGGCGGUCGUGGCGGCAGCCGUGGCGGCUCCCGCGGUGAUCGUGAGGGCGGUCGUGGACGUGGCGAUCGUGGUGAAGGACGUGGUGAGGGACGUGGACGCGGUGGUCGCGGUCGCGGGGAGGGCUUUAGGGGAGGACCUCGUGGCGGUGGUGAGCAGCGCGGUGGUGCGCCUCGUGGCGGUGGUAACUUCAACGCCCAGGACAGCUCCGCCUUCCCAGCUCUCGGUGCUUAG